AUGAAAGCUAUUCUGUGGUGGCUUGCAAUAUUCAUCGUUAUAAAAAUCAGUCAUCAACAAGCAUACGAUAACAGUUUUCGUGAUUUUUGCCAAAAAGUUGGCGGGAUAUUGUUAGAAGAACACAUUCGAGACACAGAUGUUGCGACAGAUGGAGAUACUUGUAAAGAAGUUAAUUUUGGUGUGACGGCUGAUAAUAAAGACGAUGCGACUGAAAUGUGUAAGAAAUUUGCACCAUUUUAUUUGAAAGAAGUUGUUAUGAAAGCCGACAAUACAUUUGAAUGUACAUACAGUAUGUUUUCUUUCUGUUACAGGGACUGGGAAAUGAACAGACUGAAAUCGUGAUGAGAUUGAAUAAAGAUCCUGGAAUAAUGUUUUGUUUUCUACAAAAUUCUAGCCAGGUGGCCUAGAAUAGUUCUAUUUUCGACUAAAACCCUAACAUUCAUAUUUUUUUAGAGCCUUUGUAUGUUUGUCGCGUUGGUUUCACACAAAUUCACGGUAAAUGCUAUCGAAUCGCAAACGGCAAAAAACCAGUCGCAAAAAAGAAUGCUGCCAAAGAAUGUAAAGCAAUGGACGCUCAAGUUUAUCUGCAUUAUAGCCGAGAAAUUGGUGAUUUUAUCGAUUCGUUCUUCCCAGGUUUAACUGCUAUUUGGACAAAUAUUCCUGAUGACAAUUUAUUCGAAAUCACUCAUAAUAGUGGUCCCAAUCUAGCAAUUGCCUAUAAAACAUCAAAAAUUUAUAAGGCACGAUAUGGCAGUUUGGUGAAAAUUCCGAAUAAUCAUCUGGCAAUGGUUAUGUGUGAAUAUAUUCCAAAAGCAACUGCAAUGUCAUUAAAAGUGAUUUUGGAGGUUUGGAAACCAUAUAUUCAUACAAGUGUUGUUGAUGGAACAUUUACGGCAUGGAGAACUUAUAAUCACUAUUUGCCAGAUCUUUACAUGUUAGUUAGAAAUUGAUAAUUUAUCAAGUUUAUUUCUGAAAAUGUAUUUUUACAGCCAUGACACAACAUUUGAACAGCAUCAAGUUAAUUGCAAAGCAUCAAUGAAGGCUAUUAUGGAUCCAGAAAAUGUGAAACUAUUUAGAUCCAACAGAUGA